AUCGGGGGGGAGGUCUUGCGUAGUUUACUGGAAGCACUGAGAGACUUCGACUGGAGCAAAGCAAAGCAAAGCAGAGCAGCCUCCAGCAGCCUCGCCUUCAGUCCAAGAAUCAGGAAGUGCCUCCAACAAGAAGAGCUGCAGUAAGACUGCCGUCAGGAUGACAGUUGCAAUUUUUGCAAACUGUGCCUUCUUCCUGAGAGUGAAAAAACUCACCAUUCAGGGAAAGAACAGACUGAAGAACUGCAUUCGAGAAAACGAUGGGCAAGUCAAAUUUGUGUUAAACCAGGAGUGCACUCAUGUUGUCACUGAUGAUGCCGAUGCACUCAGCUCAACCCAUUUGAAGGCCAUCCAGAAGUAUCAGUUGCCUGUUGUCGAUCCUGAUUUCAUAUGGAACUCAGUCAAGGAAAGAAGCCUUUUACAGACUGAUAACUAUCAGCCACAAAAGAUACUGAUGCAUAAUACUGUAGGUGUGAAGCAGAGCUUAGAUCAUGGAGACAACUAUCAGGAGAGAAAGGAUGCUACUGUGAAGAAUGGCAAGAAUGAGUCCUGUGACAGUGAUAGCAUGGAUGGACUAAGAUGCUUUUCAAAUAAUGAUGAAAAUAUUCCUUAUUUUUCUGAAGAUUUUGAGAUUGCAAAAUAUGACAUCCUUGAAAAGGUCACAGCAUAUGGCGAAUAUGUCAUCAUUGAACUUCAGUGCUUUCAACAACAAUGUGAUUACCCCUUCCGCAUAUAUAUACACUACAGUGUUCGGGAUGGGAAGCAGCUCCAAACACAAAGUAUGCCAGCGAAAACAUCUGAAAAAGCUAGAAGAAUCUAUGUGCUUUGCAUUGAAGAUCUGAAGAAGGAGGGUUUUCAGUUAAGGAAAGACUUUCCAAGUGAAGCAGAAUACUUGGCUUCAGGAAAAUUACAAGAGAUGUUGGUAGCAGAAGCCAUCAGUUCCAGCACUUUGUCUGAAGAUGUUGCUACAUUUGUGGAACUGGUCUGGAUUGAAGCGCUCGGGCUUCUAAAUCUUCUGUUGGCUAAACCAGUAACCAGCAUCAGCCUCAAUGAUGUUAGCAGAGCAGAAGGUGUUCUUCUUCGGGUAAAGAAAGCACUGCAUGACAUGAAAUCCCCAAAUGAGUUAUCUCCAAUGAUGUUAGAAUUCUACAAAAUUAUACCACACAAAGGUGAACUGAAUUGCAAUGUGAACAUGAAGCUUUUAUCUAAGCAGCAGGAUCUCUGUCAGCUGAUCAGGGACAUGUUGAAUGUUCAGGAAACAAACAUGUCGGUUCCAAACCCUUCAUCCCUUUCCAAGUACAGAGCUUUGAGGUGCAGGAUAGAUGCCCUUGAUGCAAACACUGAAGAGUUCCACAAAGUGAAACAGCAGGUGGACCAAAACACCAGUGAAUGUCCAGUAAAAAUUUUGCAGAUAUAUAAAGUUGGUAGAAUAACAGAAGCAGCUACUUUUGAGAGUCACCUUGGGAACAUUCAGUCCUUGAUCCAUGCUUCAUCUCCUAGCAACUUUGUUGGAAUCCUAUCUCGGGGACUCCUUCUACCAAAGAUGGCUGUUGAAGAACAUGGGUUGCAAAGAACUGAUUGCGGGAACUUGGGCAGUGGAAUUUAUUUCAGCAAUUCAAUAAGUACAAGCAUCAGGUACUCUCAGCCAAGUACAACAGAUGGAGGCCGAUUACUUGUGAUUUGCGAUGUAGCCCUUGGAACUUGUUGGGACACAUGUCAGACAAACAGUUCAUUAACAGCAGCACCACCGGGCUAUGACAGUGUGCAUGGAGUCAGUAGGAAAAAAGACAGCAAUUCCACUUUUGAGGUAUCAAUUCCACUUAAGGGGUUGUUCAGUCUACAUUUUGAACUGGUUUAAAUUGGUUUGUGAACA